GAACCUUCCUGGAAGCUCACUCGAUGCCACUCAAUCAUCCUCCUUUUAAACCUCCCCUCUUUCCUCUUCAUUUCUUCAUCACACCACACUUCUCUCUCAUCUCUCCUCUCUCCUCCAUUUCUCUCUACAUUAUAUACCCAGCUAUGAAACUCUCUAACAUUAACCCCAAAAAGCUCUUCAAGAAAAAAACCCGGUCUGUUUCCCGGUCCGAGCAGUCCUCUUUUGGCUCCUCCGCCACUUCAUCCUCUGACGAUUCGACCCACCAUUCGAAGCCUGCCGGGUCGGGUACACCCACUAGUGUUUUACCCGACCCGACGUCCUCCGACUUUUGUGACCUCGUGCAGGCCUUCAAAAUUAUUGACGCAGACGGAGAUGGGAAAAUUACCCGGGCCGAACUCGGGUCGCUUCUGGGUCGGGUCGGGUCGGACCCGCUCUCCGAAGAGGAGCUCACCAUGAUGCUUAGAGAGCUUGAUAGUGACGGUGAUGGGUGUAUUAGUUUGGAGGAAUUCGGUGCGAUCAGCUCCGCUUUCGGGCCUCCAUCUGGUGACGUGGAGUUACGAGAGGCGUUCGAUUUUUUCGACACGGAUCACGAUGGGAAGAUCUCAGCGGAGGAGUUAUUGUGUGUGUUCACGUCUAUCGGAGAUGGGGUGUGUUCGUUAGAAGACUGCCGUAGGAUGAUCAAGGGCGUUGAUAAAAAUAUGGACGGCUUUGUUUGUUUUGAGGAUUUUUCCAAAAUGAUGUUGCACCAAUAUAGAUGAUGUUAUCCUCUCUUCAUGUCUUUUACUACGAUCAAAUUAGAUUUAUGUUCUUAUACUGUCAAGACAGUAUGGAAACGUGUUAAGAAUUGCGUUACCAAUACCAUUUGAUGAAUAUGAGAAAAUUGCGUAUUGCAUGUCUGACAUUGCGGUAUAUAUUCAUAAAAUUAUGUUAUUA